AUGGCUUCAUUUAUACCAUGUGGACCAUGUGGUCACGAAGGGAACACACAGAAUGCAGAGAAAUGGUGCACGGAUUGCAACGAAGGGUUUUGUAAUGUAUGUGAAAAGGCACACAUGUCUCUGAGAAUUACGAGAGACCACAAUUUGAUCUUAAUCGAAGACUACCGUAAAAUUGAAAAUGUGAAUGUUUGUGUUCAGUGCGAGGAGCACGGGUCUAACCUGGAGAUGUAUUGCAAAAGACAUGAAAAGGCUAUUUGUAUUGCAUGUCUUACUAAAAACCAUAAAGAUUGCUCCGACGCAAUAAUUCCUCUUGCAGAAGCAGCGAAAAAUGUGAAGACAUCAACUGCUCUGGCGGACUUGGAACACACAAUUAGCGAAACAUUAGUAAACAUACAAAAAUGCCGUAAUGAUCGCGAGGCUGCAACCGAACGGAUCGAAAUACAGGAAAAGAUUAUCAAAAAGCGUAUUUUUGAUACGAGGGAAACUAUAAAUAAGCAUUUAGAUGAUCUGGAAAGAAAAUUAUUAAAUGAGUUGACAACAGUACAUACUUCUUGUAAAUCAAAAUAUAGGACAAUACAGAAUCAGCUAAAUGGAAAAGAGAAAGAAAUUAAACGCCUCCAAGAACAAACCUCUCAACUAAAACGUUUUGCUCCCGACAUACAGGUAUUUUUGAGAACACAUCAGAUAAAUAAAGAAAUACACGACGAGGUUAAGUCUAUAACAAGCGCCUUACUUUUCGUCAGCAAUUACAACAUAGAAAUAGAAAUACACCAGGGUAUUACUUCACUGCUGAAAGAUGUUGAUUACUUUGCUAGAGUAAAAAUCGACAAAAGUACCAUCAAAUGUCCAUUUAAGGAUGCAAAAAGUGAUCAGGCCCAAAUACAAGUACAAACUAGAAGAUCUGUUCAUAAUACAAAGCUACUGCUGCGAAAAAAAUUAAGAAUUGAGCAAAAAGGAAAGACCAUGGAUAUUACAGGAUGUGCAAUAUUGGCAAAUGGUAACUUAUUGUUUGCUGUUAAAACAUGGAAGAAUGUACUUAUGGAGUAUAAUAAAGACGGACUUUUUGUCCGUGAUAUACCCGUCUCUGGAGAGCCAUGGGAUCUGACAGUAAUAGAUACCGACCAAAUAGCGGUUUCUUAUAACGAUCUGAACUACAUCGAGGUUAUAGAUAUAAAGAAAAUGGCCGUUCGGAAUACAAUGACAUUAAAAUACAACUGUCGGGGGAUAUCAUACAGUGAUGGAAAAAUUUAUGUUGUAGUUGAUGGUCGAAGAAUCGUAGUGUUGGAUAUGGAAGGAACUAAACUUAAUUCAAUCAAGUGUGACAUGAAUGCGUUUCAUAUCGCGACGAUCGAUGAUAGAAUCUACUACACAGCGCCUAUUUCAAAUACUGUUAAAUGUUGUACACCAUGUGGAAACAGGAUAUGGAAUUUUAAGGAUAAAUCACUUACUACACCAGGCGGUAUUGCCACUGACAGUGCCAAAAAUGUGUUUGUUGUGGGUAUAAGAUCUAAUAACCUUAUGAUAUUGCAAGAUGAUGGAACUGUCAGCAAACCAUUACUUACCAAAGCAGACGGAUUAGACAAACCCGCACGUCUAUAUUACAACACGGAAACGAACAUAUUACUGGUGUGCAACAAAUGCGAUGGAACUGUUUUUUUAUACAGUGUUAUGUUUGAUUAA